AUGGGUAAUUGUUAUGGGAGUCGAAAGGAUCCGGUACCAUUGGCUUUUGAUUAAGCAGAAUAUCAAGCACUUAAUAAUCAGUUCCACUAUUAUUGUGAAUUAAGCAGCUAGUAAUUUAAAAGAAUAUUUAAGAACGCGUGAUGCCAAAGGAUUGAACUAAAAAUCAUUUGAAGAUAUUUUCUGUGAAAACCCAACUUAUGGAAUUAAAUUGUUCAGAUUUUUAGAAGCGUAUUCCGGAUCCCCAGGAUUGAUUAAGAAGGAGCCAUUGUUCGAAUUUUGUAAUUUCUUAUCUAAUUAAAAGUGGAAUUGUUGGUGAAGGAUGUCUAAACUAAUAUACCCACAUUUAAGAACCUAGAGAGAUUUGAACUCAUGUCGUUAAUUUCCUUAUAGGAUUCAAAGUUUUUGACAACCAAGGAAGAAUUAGCAUAACUACAAUUAACUUACUUAGAUACAAUUGGAGUGAUUAAAGUAAUUAGUGAUUGUAUACAUAAGGAUUUAAUUAAGAUGCAUCAAAUAGGUAAAAAAGCAGUUUCUACGAAUGAGAGGUACAUCAAGACUUUGGUUGAUAUGCUUUAUAGUAAAACUCUAAAAAAUUAUAUUAGAAAAUGAAGCCGGUUCAUUCUCUUGGGUUAGUUUGGUAGACUUUGUUACAAAAUAAAUGCCAGGCACAAAAGAAGCAAUUAAACUGUAUUUUUAAGCUAAAUUUAUGGGGAAGCAAAUCACUGUAAAUUUUUUAAAAUAACCAUUAGAAUUUUAUUCCUGUUGUGAAUACUCCAUCCUAUUUCUUGACUGAUGAAUUGUGCUUCCAAUUAUAUCUAAGUACAAAUUCAGUCUUAAAGAAUUGUUCACAACUAUCAUUACUUUAUUCGAGUGUUGCACAUCAAGGGGGUUUUAAUUAAAUGAUUCAAGUUAUGAAAGGUAAUCUCUGAGCAUUUAUAAUAUUUAGAUAGUAAAUUACCUACAUUACUAUUGGUUUAACAUGAGGAAAUUUAUGAUUAAAAGGUGAAAUAAUAGACUUUUGGUGCUAUUACCAAUUUAAGAUGGUAUGACACUUAAUAAUAUUUUGGGACUAAAGAUGAUUGUAUUUUUAGUCUCUAUCCCUAUUACAAGAUUUUUAAGGCAAAAAAAGGAGAAUAAAAUUAUUGCUAUUUAGACUCUUAAAAGGGUUUUGGCUUUGGAGGUAAGAAUGGGGAAGGAUGCAGAAUUUGGAUUGAUAAAAACAUUGAAAAUUCAUAUUGUAAUCAAUUUGAUGAUACUUAUGAGAAUGGUCCCAUUGUACUUCCUUAUGUUAAGAAACUCAAAAUCAAGAUUGUUGAGAUUUGGGCCAUUCAACAUCCAGCUGAUGACUUGGAUGAUAAUACUGAAGUGGUAGUGGACUUGAAAGACCCUCUCCUCUAAUAGCCUGAUGAAGUACAAUUCCCAGAUUCCAAUGCUGAUUAUUAUUGGGUGGGUUAAGAUCAAAAAAUAGAUGAAAAGAAUUCAGGGUAUUAUUGGGAAGUGUAAAGUGAGACAAAAUGA